GCGUUCAUUUUAGCCCUGGUUGGUCUCUAUCUCUCGAGUCGCUCUAGAGAAGUGCAACAAUGGCGUUGAGACUGACAUCGCUAAAACGCGCCGCCGUUGAGUCAUGCCGCAUCCUCCAAACCCGAAGUUUCAGCCACGUCGCCUCAAUGCCUCCGCCUUUGAACACCGCCAUCGAUCGAACCAUUUCUAUGCCGCCGCUGAUUUCACCUGAGUUCGAUCAGAAUCAGAAUCAGAACCAGCCGGGUUCGAUCGACGAGAAGAGCUUCGGAUUUGGGAGUCCUAAUUUCGGCUUCGGUGGAUCCAUGGAGCUAAUGGCUGUCCCCAAGAAGAAGGUUUCUAAACACAAGAGAGGGAUUCGAAAUGGACCAAAGGCUCUUAAGCCUGUUCCUGUCAUCAUCCGUUGCAGGAGUUGCGGGAGAGUUAAGCUGCCCCAUUUCUUCUGUUGCAGCGGUGAGCGGGGAAACCCUACUGAGCAAAGCAAUUAGAAUAACUUUCAAGAUUUUCUUUAUGAUUGUUACUUGUUGGAUAUCUGGAGGAAGAAAAUCUUGGCUUUCUUAGUCGAGUGAGAUGAUAGACAUAGUUGACUCUGUUUUGUCAAAAUUAUUUGGGUUUUUUUCCUGGAAGAUCAAUAUGCUCAUGCUUCUUUUGGCAACCCAUUAUGUUAUUAUCAUUGCUUGUUGCAGAGUCUAGGCCAGCUCCUUUA